AUGUCAUUGCCAAGGUUCAUCGUACUCAAAUCCCCCGAUGCCGAAACAUACCUUGGCUACAAGCACGACAACGGAAACUACAACGGGUACGCCGAGUUCACCGAACCAACGGUCGUGAGCGCAAAUGCAAAAUUCGAAGUGGAGAUUGCUAAAGAUGGGCUGGUGCACAUAAGGAGCUGUACCAACAACAAAUACUUGGAGCGAACUCGUAAUCCUUCCAUCACCGGAAACCCAAUGGAAGAGUAUUGGAUUACUAUAACCGCCAAGAAACCGGAAGAAGACCAGUCCAAGAAGUCGUGCACAUUGUUCAAGCCUAUCUUGGAAGACUCCGUAUACAAAAAUUAUCGAUUUGUCCAUGUUCAAUCUGGUUGCUAUUUAUGCUUAUGGCCGUUGGCUACAUCGGAACUCAGUCGUGGCGUGUUGGCAAACAACAGUCAUGUUGCAGCUAAUCAGUAUGAUAUCUUCGAAGUUAUUGAUUGGGAGUGA